CGGGAGCUCGGCGCGGCGCCGCCCCCGCCCGAGGCCGCCGGCAAAGAUGGCGUGGUUGGCGUUGCGGCGGCUCGGGCCGGCCCUGGCGCCGCGCUGCUCGCGCCUCUCGUUACGGCCGCGGGUCCCCGCGGCGCGGAGGCUGGGCACCGGCUCGUUGCUGCUGUCCGCCCGCAAAUUCACAGACAAGCAUGAAUGGAUAUCAGUUGAAAAUGGCAUUGGAACAGUAGGAAUCAGCAAUUUUGCACAGGAAGCAUUAGGAGACGUUGUUUAUUGUAGUCUUCCAGAAAUUGGGACAAAAUUGAAUAAAGAUGAUGAGUUUGGGGCACUGGAAAGUGUGAAAGCUGCUAGUGAACUCUACUCUCCUCUCACAGGAGAAGUGACUGACAUUAAUGCUGCCCUUGCAGACAACCCAGGGCUCGUCAAUAAAUCUUGUUAUCAAGAUGGUUGGCUUAUCAAGAUGACUGUGGAAAAGCCUGCUGAACUUGAUGAACUGAUGAGUGAAGAUGCUUAUGAGAAAUACAUAAAAUCCAUUGAGGACUGAGCUGGAAUAAUGAAAUAAACCCAUAUAAAAUA